CCAGAGUCCCGUCCCUCCCCGACAGAGACGGAAGAGAGCCCGAGCGUGUACCUACGAGACGGCAGCGCCCUCCCCGACGCGACCGAGGUCCGAACGCCGAGCCCGGAGCGGGCUCUAGCGUACGUGGACUACGCCCUCAAGACUCUGUCCACAGCCGCCUGGCGGCAGCACCUGCUCGUCACCCUGCACGUCUAUCAGUACAGCCUCGUGGAGUCCAAAGGGCCCGGCAAGAACGUCUCAGUGAUCGGCGGCCGAACGCGCCUGCACGUGCUCCACGUCGGGGGAGGGAGGCCGGGCGUGGGCGCCGGGCCCUGCCCCGCCCUGCCCCAGUCGGGGGCGGCCCACGUCCUCGUCGCUGUCUUCAAUGGGGCCAGGCAUCUUCCGUACAAGUGA